AUGAUAGUUUUCAUUUUCUUCGCUGUGGGGCUAUGCUUGUACAAUGAGUCCACUUCCCAAACCAUUGAUUGCACAUAUUUAAGAGAACUCUGCCUAAGUGAUGCAGAUGGAUGUAAACAUGCCUGGAGAAUAAUGGAAGAUGCCUGCAAUGUGUCAGAUCCAGGCAACCCCUGCAAGAUGAAGGAUUCAUCCACCUGUAAUUUAAGUAUCUGGUCUUUAGCAGAAAGCAAUUUCCAAUUUAAAAACUGUCUCUGCUCUGAUGACCUCUACUGUACCAUUAAGAAAUUGUUUGGAAAAAAAUGCCAAUGUCAAAAUGAACCACAUCUAUUCAUUUUUUUAUUUAUAGAAGAAUCAGCACUGUCCUCAUAUUUGGCUGCACAAUCCAACAUCACACAACGGCUCCAUCAGAAAGAUAUGUCAUUAAUGAUUGAAAAAAAGAGCUACUGUGUCAUGGCAGCACGUGUCUGCCAGGAAUCUGAACAUUGUGCUCCUUUGUAUGAAAAUUUUAAGAAAGCCUGUGGGAGGGAAUCAGAGCAAUGCAAAACCCUUGAUGGAAGCUACCUGUGUGCAGCGUUAAGAGAAAGUCUGAAAGAAACAAUCUUGUGGAAUUGUCAAUGCAAUGACUCUUCAGAAGCAAAAUGCAUUGAAAUUUGGAAAAGCUUGUUUGAGGACAUUUGUAUACAGGAUGCUCAGAUGAAUCCAGUUCCAGCCUUUCGUGAAGACAAUGAAGAUGAAUUCAACCUAGACGUUGUUUCAGAUAACAUGAAAGAGGAUAAUAAAUUCAAGUGGAAUCUAACUGCUCUUUCCUAUCAUGGAAUCAGAGGGAUCAGGUCCUGUUUGGAAGUGGCGGAGGAGUGUGUGGCGGAUGUGCUCUGUAACACACAGUUGGCCCUUUACCUGAAAGCUUGCUCAGCAAAUGGAAACCUGUGUGAUGUGAAACACUGCCAAGCAGCCAUCCAGUUCUUCUACCAAAAUAUUCCUUUUAACACUGCCCAGAUGUUGGCUUUUUGUGACUGUGCUCCUUCUGAUGUACCUUGUCAGCAGUCCAGAGAAGCUCUUCACAGCAAGCCAUGUGCAGUGAACAGAGUUCCAGCCCCAACUUGCCUCGACAUAAUUCACAGCUGCCAAAAUGAUGAAUUAUGCAGGAGGCGCUAUAGAACAUUCCAGGCAAAGUGCUGGCAGCGUGUGAUAAGAAAGUGCCAUGAGGAUGAAACCUGCAUCAGUACCUUAAGCAAGCAAGACCUCACUUGCUCCGGAAGUAAUGACUGCAAAGCAGCUUACAUUGGUACCCUUGGGACAGUCCUUCAAAUGCAGUGCACCUGUAGGACCAUUACCCAAAGUGAAGAAUACUUGUGCAAGAUUUUCCAGCAUAUGCUUCAUAGAAAAUCAUGUUUCAAUUAUCUGACACUGCAUAAUGUCAAAGGCAUUGCAUUGCAUAAAGGAAAACACGCAAAGGAAAUAACUCUCAGCGGAUUUCAUUCCCCCUUCAAUGAAGUCAUCUAUGCUGUCAUGUGCAUGACAGUCACCUGUGGAAUUCUUCUCUUGGUGAUGGUCAAACUGAGAACCUUCAGAAUAUCAAGUAAAACAAGAGACCCUUCACCAAUCCAAAUACCUGGAGGACUCAUGAUUCAUUGA